AUGUUUGCUAUUAAACAGAAUGAUCUCUUGACACCCCUUCACGUGGCUGCAUUAAAUGGAUUCUACGAUAUUGUAAAUCAAUUAAUUAAACGAGGAUCUAAAGUUAAUACACCUGAUUCCGCAUCAAGAACAGGAUUACAUUAUGCCGCUAUUAGCAAUAAUGUGAAAAUAAUGAAAUUACUGCUAGAUAACGACGCAUAUCUAGAAGCAAUGGAUGGUAGUUUGCAAACACCCCUUAUGGUUGCAGUAAGUCAUGACUGUAGCGAUGCUAUAGCCUUUCUGUUGGAACAAAAGGCAGCUAUUUCAGGUCAAGAUAUUCAAGGUAGAACCAUCCUGCACAUUGUUGCCGAUAAAGGCACUUCAAAAUCGUUUAAACUUAUCAUGCAAGGUGAAUCGUUUGCAAAUGUUAAUGCUCGAAAUAUCUUAGGACAGCGAGCAGUUCAUCUUGCCGCUGUUAAUGGAAAUAAUCGUGUCAUUAUAAUGCUAACUAAACGAGGAGCAGAUAUUAACUGUAGGGAUAACCGCGGUUUUCAUCCAAUUCAUUACGCUGCUAAGUAUGGCUAUUCAGCGACUGUCAAGUUGUUACUAUCGCUCGAUGACAAAGUGGAUAUUUAUAAUGAUGCAAAAUCUGAACUUCUAACUCCCUUACAUUUGGCUGCAUUGAAUGGAUAUUACGAAAUUACAGAAGUUUUAAUUGCAAGAGGUGCUAAAGUUAAUACUCCUGAUUCGAAAUCCAGAACGGCUUUACAUUAUGCUGCUUUAAGUAAUAAUGUCAAAUUGAUGAAUUUCUUAAUGAAUAAUGUAAGAUCAAGAAAUAUUGUGAACAAUAGCAAUAACAUCUUGCAUUUAGCUGCAUUAAAUAACCAUCGCGACACGGUUAAAAUUAUCACCGAUCACAUGCCGUUUAUUAAUGUUAAUUCACGCAACGCAACUGGGCAGAGACCUUUACAUUUAGCUGCAAAGAACGGCAAUAAUCGAGUUAUACAAUAUUUAAUUAAACAUGGAGCUGAUGUUAAUACUAGGGAUAAUUGCGGUUGGACUCCUUUGCACUAUACUGCAAAAUAUGGUUUUGCCAGCAGUGUUCAACUGUUACUAUCAAAGGAAGCAAUUGUUGAUGCUUUUAAUGAAGGAAAGGUGAGGAUUGAAUAA